AACACUUAUGCUAUAGGGCUUCGAAAAACCCAUUUAUAGUUUAAUAAUUUUCUAAUUAAUCGCUACUUGGGCUGAUUAAUCCUGGAUGAAGUCGAUUGGAGUGAGCGUCUGGGUCGACGAUUGAGGCAGAGUCCAAAAUUUGUGAUGACAUGUAUGCAAUUUCUAACGGAGUAGUUGAACCAGCUGAAAAAGAGUCAGAGCUUGUUGUUUCUGAUAACGCUAGGCUAAUGGAAGGUGAGACUGUGCUUCUUGCUUGUGCCACCAUGAAUUUGGAUGAGUUAGAGUUGAAGAAAACAGAGGGUUUGGCUCCUUUUAUUGAAGUGGCGUUAGAGAAGGUUCGUUUGACUAUGUGUGAUGAUGAGAAAACUGAUGGGGCUAAAGGGAAAACUAGUGAUAGUAGUAGCAGUGAAGAAGAGGAUAAUGACGAGGACGAGAGUGAUGAUAAGGACGAGAGCGAAGAGGAGGAAAAUAAAAAGGAAAAGAAACUUGACGAUCAAAUGGGGUGAACCCAAGAAUUGUUCGUGGCAGGGAAACUUAAAGAGGGUGAGAUAGAGAGUGAAGAUGAGGAUGACAUUGACGAUAAUGAUGAUUCAGAUGAUGAUGAUGAAGUGAAUGAGAUGAUUGCUUGGAGCAAUGAUGAGGAUGAGGACGUCGGUUUGCAAACCAAAAAACCUAUAAGGUCAAAGAAUAAGCUCAAGGAGCUUCCUCCAGUUCCAGAUGUGGAUGUCACAUUAGAACCGCAUCAUGUCACGCUUCCUGUUGGAGUUGUUCUUUCGGUACUGAGCACACAACUAGUAGUUGAGAGGAUGGAAAAGCAUAGUCCUCUGACUGAAGGUUCUAUCUUAUGGAUAACUGAAAGAAGAACGCCACUGGGACUUGUGGAUGAGAUCUUUGGACCUGUAAAGUGCCCUUACUACAUUGUGAGGUUCAAUUCAAAGAGCGAAGUGCCAGAGGGGAUUAUUCAAGGUACACAUGUCUCAUUCGUCGCCGAUUACGCUCAACAUAUUCUCAAUAUCAAGGAACUGGAAAAGAAAGGUUACGAUGAAUCUGGAGAUAACGACGAGGAGAUAUCAGAAGACUCAGAUGAUGAAAAAGAAGCCGAGUACAGAAGAAUGCAAAAGAUGGAAAAGAGAGGGAUGGGGAAUGGCCAAAACGGCAACACAAGAAAUAAGAAGAAGAAAAACCGAGAUCACGGAAGGCCUACAAGCAGUUACUCAGGGGAAUGGACAGAAAACCAUGGAACUAGUUCUUUAUCGUCAAACUGUUCUGAUCCUCAGAGGGGUGGUCCGGUUUCGAAUCAUCAGCCACAUCCUCAAAUGGAUGGUUUUUCUCCUAACGGUGGAGCAUGGAGACCCCAGAGUAACCACCAGAACCCAUAUCCCAAUCUAGCUCAAAUGCAGAUACCCUUGAUGGCAAUGCAAAACCAAAAUCAGAUGAUGUUCCAACCUCAGUUCAAUGGUGGCCAGAUGUCCAUGCCAACUGGACCGGGGGGCUUAAACUUCUUUCCAGGACAGGCUUCAACGCCAUGGCCUGCAAUAGUUGGUCAGAACUGUUUCAACCAACAACCGUUUGGGAUGGGUCGCGGUAUACAGCUUCCGCAAUUACCGAAUGAGCUGAAUUUUAACCUGUUCACUUCCCAAAGUUUUCAAGUGCACCAGUCGCAUUCCCAAAUACACUAGCCACAAUCUCCAAUGAACCCACAGUUCCAACCCCACCCACAGUACCACAUGCUGAACCAUAGUCCACAGUCUCCAAUGAACCCUCAAUUCCAAAUGCAACCACAAUCUGAAACUCGUCCACAGUCUCAAGUCCCGCAGUCACCAACUAAUCCGCAGUCCCCUGUGCGACCACAGUCUCAGGGUUUUAGCACCGGGCAGUCUUUUGAACGGGGAAGGGGUCAUCGUGGUAGGGGUAGGGGCCGGGGUCGCUUUGGACGUGGGCGAGGUCGUGGUCGGCAACAGUCUGGAUGA